AUGUCUCGCAACUUCCACCCCGUCAACACCAACUUCCCCUCCACCACUACUCUCACCGCAGACCCCGACAUCAUUCCCUCCCCUGAAGACAACAGAAAUAAUUAUACCAGUACCCAGUCCUAUUUCUGUCGCCAAGACGUGUCCACCAAUCCCACCUUCAACAGCAACGAUCAAGCCCUCCUGGAUAACUGCUCCAACAUUGACGUCUCACAGCUCGUCACUGAGGCAAACUGCUUCUGGGGCAGUCGUUCAUCGACGCUCCCCAAGAAUGAGGGAUAUCCAUCAGUUGAAGAAUACCCAUCCACAUACCUGAUGGGUAAUCAUGGCCAUGGUUAUGCUGAUGAAAACAUGCACGAGACAUCCGCGCCAUACGGUCCGUGCGACCAUCUCCAGGUGGCUGGGGCAGGAAUGGACAUGGAAAUGAGAAUGACCGGAAACGUAAUGGGGAAAGUGGAUGAAACGUAUGAGGCCAACCAAGCAGCCAUGCUUGCUGCGCUGGGCAUGACUCACCUCGACGAGGGAGUAUCUCAUGCAGCGGACGACGACGCAAAGACUUCGUCGUCUGUUACGGUUGACGAUGAUCCCGAGUGGAAGGAGUGGAAGAAAUGGAAGGAGAGAGAGGCGAACGGGGGAGUUAGAUUACCUCCGGAAGAGAGGAUGAACCAAGCAGAUGUUGCUGCUUGGUUGGGUAUGGACUCUAAGGAGGAACAUGGUGUCUUCCAAACCCAAGAGGAAGAUGAUUAUGACGAAGAUGAGACCAUAUCUUACGUAUCCGACGAUGACAUGAUGGAGAUGGAAGAAGGGAUGGAAGAUGAUGAGGUGGUUGUCAACGUGGUCGAGGGCCCUUCAAGACAGGUCCUUAUCAGUUCGCAGACAGGAGCUCAUGCUGAGUAUGAUACAGCCAGCUUUGGGUGUGACUUCGAAGAGCAAGAAGAGCAAGAAGACAGCGAGGAGCAAGAGAACGAAGAAAGAUGGGGCGGAGACGGACAACCUCCUCCCUCCCUCUUUCCUCGCUUCUACUCCGACAACGCUGAAACAGGGCUUAUCAUCGAGCUGUCCUCAGCCGAUAGUGACGCCGAAGAGACCAUGUCGGACCCGUCUCCCUCCUCAUUAUCGUCCUCCUCAUCCUCCUCACCAUCAGAAACGCCCCUCCAACCCCACCUCCAAGAAGCAUACGCCCUCCCCUGGACCACCUCACCAUCCAACACCAGCACUAUCACCAGCACCACCAGCACCCCAACAGAUACAUCACCAGUCCCAACACCCUUCCAACCAGAUCCUCACCCUCACCCUCACCCUCACCCAACCACCCAGCACUACCUCCCACCACCAUCAUCACAAACAACACCCCCCUUCACCCUCCUCACGGACCUCCACACCCACCUCACACACACCCCCCAGCACCGCGCCUCGCACCUGCGCAACCUAGCCAGCGAAAUCUCCAACACGAUGUACUUCGUCAACAGCCACACAAUCUCCGGGGACUUCAGCGCGGAGGACGCAGCCCCCGUAGACCGGGUGAUGCGAAUCGUGCGCGAAGGGGAGUUGAAGAUGCGGUACCAGGAGCGGUAUGAGCGGCAGAAGGGGAAACUGGUGAAGCGGGAGAGGAGGGUGGCGGAGCGGGAGGACCGGGUGAGCAAGAGGGAGGAGAUGGUGAGUCGGAGGGAGAUGGGGGUUGCGGGAUGGUGGGAGGUGUGGAGGGAGAGGGGAAGGGAGGUGUGGGAGGGGGUGGAAGGGGAGAUGAUGGGUACUAUGGAGGGGAAUGGGUAUAGGAGGAAUGGGAUGGAUACGUUGCAGAGGACGGUUAGGGUUACGAGGGAGGUGGUGAGGAGGAUGGAUCGGAUCGUUGAUGAGGGUGAGGUUGAUGGUGAUGGUGAUGUUGAAGGGGGCGUUGAGGUUAGGGGUGCAUAUAAGAUUGAUUACAAUUGCGAUGACGACAUUGUUGGAAGUACAUCCUACAGAAUAGAGAUAUGUAACCCCCCACAAAGGUCAUCGGCCAGCUGA